CUAUACGCCUUAAGAAAAAUAUGGAACAUCAUCAUACAACAUCAUAUAUCCAUACCUACCAAACAAUUAAAUAGUAAAAACAACACAAACCAAUCACUCAGGAUCAGAAUUCAACAGAUACAGGACGCCGUCAUAUCAAAUGAAUCAAUUCUAACUUCGAAAACUACAGUCAUUCCAAUACCAGAAGAUAAUACAACAACCGCAAAGCAAAUUAUGCUUCUGCACAAAGCAGAUUUUGGCCUAUCAAAUUUGCUAGCACAAUGGCCAAUUACACAGCAACGAAAAGGCACAA